GAAUAAAAGGCUCCACACACACACACACAAGCAUACACGCGCUCACACACAGAAAGAAAAUCCUCUUGCCUGUUGAUUUAUGGAAACAAUUAUGAUUCUGCUGGAGAAUUUCUCAGCUGAGAAAUAGUUUGUAGCUACAGUAGAGAGGCUCAAGUUGCACAAGGCAGACAACAGACAUGGAAUUCUUGUGUAUCCAGCUGUUAUAAACAGAACAAAAGCCAAGUAGCAAACAGCAUCGCAGCAACUGAGUUAUUUCAACCUGUUUUUUAAGGAUAUAUCAGAGUUACUUAAGGAGGAAUCCUAUAUUGUUAUCAGGAACUAAAAGGAUAAGUCUAACAUUUGGGAAGAGCAACCACUCUUUCUUAAAUCAAUCUGCAAUUCACAGAUAGGAAGAGGUCAAUGACCUAGGAAUAACAAUCAACUCAAGAUUUAAUUUUCAUUAUGUUAUUCAUGAACACCCGGAGCACUACACUAUAAUGCACAAAUGGAUACUGACAUGGAUCCUGCCAACUUUGCUCUACAGAUCAUGCUUUCACAUUAUCUGUCUAGUGGCCACUAUAUCUUUAGCUUGCAAUGACAUGACUCCAGAGCAAAUGGCUGCAAAUGUGAACUGUUCCAGCCCCGAGCGACAUACAAGAAGUUAUGAUUACAUGGAAGGAGGGGAUAUAAGAGUGAGAAGACUUUUCUGUCGAACACAGUGGUAUCUGAGGAUUGAUAAACGAGGCAAAGUAAAAGGGACUCAAGAGAUGAAGAACAAUUACAAUAUCAUGGAAAUCAGGACUGUGGCAGUUGGAAUUGUGGCAAUCAAAGGGGUGGAAAGUGAAUAUUAUCUUGCAAUGAACAAAGAAGGAAAACUGUAUGCAAAGAAAGAAUGCAAUGAAGAUUGCAACUUCAAAGAAUUAAUUCUGGAAAACCAUUACAACACAUACGCAUCAGCUAAAUGGACACACAGUGGAGGAGAAAUGUUUGUUGCCUUAAAUCAAAAGGGGGUUCCUGUAAGAGGGAAAAAAACGAAGAAAGAACAAAAAACGGCCCACUUUCUUCCUAUGGCAAUAACCUAAUCGUACAUGGUAUAUAAGAAACCAGUUCCAGCAGGGAGAUUUCUUUAAAUGGACUGUUUUCUUUCUUUCUUUCUUUUCUUUUCUUUUUUUUUUUUUUAAGUAACCGAGAAAGGCUGGAAAACUACUGAAAAACUGAUCAAGCUGGACUUGCGCAUUUAUGUUUAUUUUAAGAGACUGCAUUAAAGAAAGAUUUGAAAAAAUAUACACAAAAAUCAGAUUUAGUAAGUAAAAGUUGUAAAAAAUUUUAAAACUGGUUGUACAAUCAUGGUGUUAGUAAUAGUAAUUUUUUUCUUAAAUUAAUUUACUCUUGAGAGUAUGUUAGAUUUGAUUAUCUGAUAAUGAUUAUUUAAAUAUUCCUAUCUGCUUAUAAAAUGGCUGCUAUAAUAAUAGAAAUAAUGCAGAUGAUGUUAUAUAAGAUAUGUCAGACCAAAGGCUGCUGGAAUGACUUGUCAGAUAAUCAAGCCAAACUAAGAAUGGAAAAGGAGCAGUAUUUAAAAUUUAUUUUAGUAAAAAUAAUGAUCCACUUAAAUGCUAAUCAGAAAAAAGGAAUAUCUUCAAAAAUUCUAUUGUGGAAUUGAGUCAAAUAGUUUUACAAAAUCACGGGAUUAGGAUAUGCUUGUGCCUAUUAAUAAGAACAAACUUCUAAUGCUGCUCAAAUUGAAAGGGUUGUGAAAAGGAUGUUCUCAAAAAUCUUGUAUAUAAAGUAGCAAUAAUGAUAAUACUGUAUUUCAUCUCACUUGCCACAAAAUAACAUUUUAUAAUCCCUAAAAGUAAAAUUCAGAAAUCUUUUUUCGAGUAACAUAAUCUGCCUUUUAUAUAAUUCAUAUUCAGGAAUAUGGCUUUUGAUAAUGUUCUUCCCACAAAUAAUCAUGCUUUUUUCUGUGGUUACAGCAUUAAACUCUAUUUUAAGUUGUAUUUGAAUUUUAUUGUUUUGUUAUUUAAGUUUAUGUUAUUUAUAAAAAAAACAACCUUAACAAGCUGUAUGUGUUUCAUAUGCUUUUAAUUUUAAAGAAAUAACAAAACCGUCUGGCUCAACUGCUAAUUUCCCUUCCUCCUUUUGACCGACACCAAGUCUAGUAUAAAGUACUUGGGCCAGCAAAUCCUGGAUGAAAGACAAAAAUGACAGCCUGCAGCAGUGUUCACAAUAGAUGUCUUACAGAGAACAAUACAAAUAUGUGAAAAAUGUUUUGCCACACAUGCUUGCCAAUUAAAUUGGAUCAUAUAAGCAAAAUCACUGCAGAUAAAAGAACUUACAGGAUUUCAAAGUUAAUAUUUCCUUACAUGGGAAGAAAAGUACCAUAUUUUAAAGCUAUACAAUUUGAAGUUAGUAAUUUUCUAAUUUCUACAAAUCUCUGCCAUCCAAAAGAGGGCAGCGUUGAAUUUUUUUUUUUUUUUAUUCUGUUAGAUGGCAGGAACACAAUGCCUAAAAUAGAGGAUGUAGGGCCUCGACUAUCAUAAGGGCUUGAGGUCAGACUAGGAAUCACAGGCAUUUUAGAAAAAUGAGUUUCCACUUUAAAAUUCUUCCACUGACAGAUCUUGGCCUACUUGAAAUGGUCACCAAAUGGGAGGUCAACAUUUAUUUAAAUUAAAUCACUGGAUACCAAUCAUUGUGUUUUAAUUUCAAAAUGAUUGUCAUUCAAUUUCCUUUAAUAAAUAUUAUUGGGUAAUUAUAGGUAAGAGUUGCAUUAAAAGCCUAGGUCAACAGAAAGAACAGUUACUUGAUUUUCUUGUGGUUCACCUGCGUUACCAGGUUGCAGGAAUCAGAAAGCAUUGCCCUUCUUCAGAUACACUCUCGGGAGGAAGUUAUGAACGCAAUUCCAAACCUUGCUGGCCCUGGUUUCAAGAUCAGGCUUCUUUGAUUGCAAACUUGUGAACAUAUUGAGGGCAGAGGAGGACUUAACAUUCUUCAUAUUUAUUUUCUUAUUGUCUAGUUGAAUGUCCAUAAAAAUUUUUCUAUAGAAUCACUCAAUGUUUGAAUAUUAAAGUUCAAAAUUAAACUAAUCUUAGUUCAAUUUAAAAAGAGUAAAAUAUGAUUAUAUAAAAAUUUAAACAGGAAUAGUGUAUAUAUAUAUAUAUAUACAAGUUAUUUUAGGACCAAAUAUUCUUUG